AUGUCCCUGUUUGAUUAUUGGGACACAAAUCGCCCAUCGAUAAAACGCCGAAAGCUCGCAACUGAAGUGCCUUUGCCCUUAAUAAAGACCCAACGAGACAUCGCUGAAGUCCCUAAGGAGCCGCCAUCAGACGAAAGUCAAAACCUCGAGACCGAGGACUUGGUGCGUCUCGCCUCGGCGGAUGAAGGACCUUUAAAUGAAAAAGAUAACGGUGCUAUUCCAGGCAGCCAGACUGAGCUCGAGUCUGCUCUUCCUCCCGUCGAAGCUGAUACCAAAGCAAUAGAGGAGUAUGAGUUCUCACAGAAAUCCGGGGACGACGAGGAAAAGGAGUUGUCUUUACAAGUGAGAAUGCGGGACGGCAAAUGGCGGAAGGGAAAGAGUUCGAUAUAUGUCGAUGCGUUCAAUCUUGCUCUGGACACAGUUUUAGCUGAGGAAGCGCAUCUUUUCAGUAAAGCUGAGAAAGAGGUCUUUCAGCAUUGGCGGGAGUUGUCGUAUGAGUCGCAGUAUCUAUAUGUCCGCCUCUUUUUGCGCAAGACCUCUGCGUGGCAUCGAGUCAAUAAAUUGGCCUACUACUCAGAUAUUGUUGAUGUGCCGCAAGUUGUAGCCGAUUUGCAGAAGACUAGAGAAUUGUCUAGCUCUGGGGCUUCAAACGAACAGAAUACGUCAGACACAUACUCCUCAUCUGAUAUAGGUCUGACUGGCGAUUUCCGCUUUGCCAAUACAGUAGAUGAGAUUACUACUGUGGAGGAAGCGGCGUCACUACUACUUCUUGAUGAACUCAAGAUUCUCGCGAAGGAGGCUAAGGUGCAGGGAAAGUCUAAGCAAGAGCUGAUAACUGCUUUGCACAAGUCAAGCCAGAAACAGACAGGGCUUGAGUGGAAUCCUCUAAAUAACUCAAACCGGAAAGAGCAUUUUGUCAAGAAGAUUUUAAACUACACGGGAGAUUGUAUACGGCUGGCCCCCGGCCCUCAUGCACUCUUUGAGCGAGUACAUCUCGUCUUCUACCGAUCCACGGAGUGGACGGAGAAAUCCCUCACCACCAUUAUCCUUGCGAAGAUUUCACGCAGGAAUUUUCCCGAAUACGUCGUCUGCCGCUCAGGCUCAAUCUUUCCAUCAAGAGAGAUUCUCUUAGAGUUUGAAUCGGCUUUGCGGACUCAGUACAAGAUAGACAACUUCCUCGAAUUCAGCGGAACACCGACGAAAAGCCGGCUACAGGAGAUCAAAGACCUGGCAUAUGAAAUCUAUCCCCGAUGGAAGAUGCUUCUCGAGCAGGAGCAACAAAAGGAAGAUACUAGCUACGAGUGUGGAGAGGGCGCAUACCUUCGCCGCUUUUCGCCGGCUUGGGUGUACACUAGGAUCUUGCACAAGGGACUCCUCCCUCUUGGUCGUUUCAAAGAGCAUAAAGAGGAGCAUAAAAUGUUGUCUGAGCUACUUGCCCAGCGGCUAUUCCAUCCCGCCAGACGCGGCGCUUGGUACCAACGCAGAGCUCUCUUGGAAGAGCACUACAUGUGGAGCCUGACACCGUUUGAAGGGCGCAACGAAGAAGCCCAGAAGAAACACUGGAAGCGCAUCGCCCUGCGCACAUGCGAGGAAGGCCUUGAGGAUCCAUUAUGCCAAUUAAUUUACCAUCACGACUUGCAGAAGCGGAUCCAGAAGCUAGAAAAGGCGCUCAAAAUCGUCAAACGGGAGCAGCACGAUUUUGGGCACGUUGCGCUUAGCAAGCCAGAAGAGCGUAUAGUUGAGGGUAUCCAAAUCGAACGAGAAAAUUCCCCAGUUCGGACCCCAACAUUCAUCAUGGACCACAACGAGGACGCUCUCACUCCACCACCCAAACGCAGCGGACCUACCAUCUGGAUCGACGAACAUGGAGAUGGAGCAGAAUGCCGCGUCGAAGCCAUGUGCCUCAGUUGGUACCGAGACCAUGGCUGGAAGGGAUAUCACUCUGAGGGUGGUAUUUUGCGCACCCUAUUCGCCUAUCUCUUUUACGACAUAAUCUUCACGUACAUUCCCAAUGUUUUCCAGACAAUCUUUCAAAGUUGCCCCUUAGACUUGCACACAGACGCCUUCUACCCCUCCCGCGCGUCAGAGAUAAACCACCGUCUUGUGCAGAUUGCUAACGGCGACGCCACUUCCCUAAUCCACUCCGUUCACGCCCGGUACUCAGAGACACAGCCCUGCGCCAUCGGCCUCGACUGGUCGUUCCCGCUUGAGGAUUUGCUCGAAAUAGCCGAAUGUUUCAAGGGGGAAGCGCUGGCUGCCAUCUGUAAGAUUAUGGCACAGGAGUAUCAGGCGCGCGGUGGCGGUGUGCCGGAUUUAUUUCUUUGGAGUGUUGAACGAAAAGAGACAAAUAUGCGACCCCAGCGGCAAUAG